UGAAUGUCUUUGUCAUUCUCAACUACGUGAUUCUACUUAAAUCCUCUGAAGUCCUAUUUGCACGAUUAUGUUGGCAAUGCGUCGUUCCUUCCUGGUGCUUGUGACUUUUAUAAAACUGUCUCCGUUCCGUCAGACAGCAUUUGUUUUUACUGUGGUUGUUGUUCAUCCGUUUGUGUUUGGCCGAGUUUGAUGUCCUUUUCCGGACAGAUGUUCACCACUGCUGCCGCAUCAUUACGACCCUGCCUCUGACUCACCGUCACAUGCUGCCCGGUGGAACUCGUCUACCGAUUGACACUGCUUUGUUUUUGUCUGACGCGCAAACAGGGACGCGCUGCUGGUGAUGGGAACUCUUUGGGACUCUUUGGCGCAUGAAGGACUCUCAUGUUUCCUUUAUCCUAAAGCACUCAGCUGCUGGUGGAUCUCACUGACAGAAAGGACGCGGCAGAUAACUUGUCUUUAAGUUAGAUUUUUUUAUAUAUAUAUAUAUUUUAGAUAGCUCAUACAUGUUUGUGUUGUGUUUUUCUGCUUCAUCUGUUUCGAUUAGAUUAGUCCCACCGCAUUCACUUCGGUGGGUGAUGUGUAUAGUUUAUAAUUACCCAGCAUAUAAUUUGUUUUGUAAAACGCCUGCUCUCCUUUUGAACAAGUACUUUCAGCACCAAACAUUGUUGGACGACUUUGUGUUGCAGAUGAGGUGAAUAAUUCAGAUCGACCUAAAAUAGCCUCGUCUUUGUGUUAGACUAGUGAGGACUAUCUGUUCCCUGGAGGAUCUCAGAAGUUCUUUGUACGCUCAGAAUUGUGACUUGUUUCACCUUCACUGUAAAACAGGGUUUACACAAGAUCGUUUGCAACGCGCGCAAGGACCUUUAUUUUACGCACGGCGGCCAACCUUUGCCAUUACCUCCUAAGCUCAAACAAUGAUAAUGGGAGAAAAGGGCAGCGGCAAAGGGUGUGAGGAGUCCCAGACCCGGGGUGCCUUAAGCAGUCAGGGCCAGGCACGGCCCCGUCAAUAACCGCGCGGCGACAGCAUGCCCUCUUGGCCCAAUCUCUCGGAGGGCCUGUCCCAUAACUUCAGCUGGGAGGAGACCAACAACACCACAAGGAACGCUGACCUUGGCCUGCCUCCGCUCAAUUACUACUCAAUCCCUCUCCUCACGGCCAUCACCAUCGCCUGCACGCUGCUGUUUCUGGUCGGGGUGACCGGGAAUGUCAUGACCAUUUUGGUGGUCAGCAAGUACCGGGACAUGCGCACUACCACCAACCUUUACCUGUGUAGCAUGGCCGUAUCCGACCUGCUCAUCUUCCUCUGUAUGCCACUGGACCUCUACCGUAUGUGGAGGUACAGGCCCUGGCGCUUUGGGGCCGCGCUCUGCAAGCUCUUUCAGUUCGUGUCAGAGUCAAGUACCUACUCCACCAUCCUGAGCAUCACCGCGCUGUCAGUGGAGCGCUACCUGGCCAUCUGUUUCCCGCUGCGUGCCAAGGCCCUGGUUACCAAAAGACGGGUACGUGCCCUCAUUCUUCUACUCUGGACAGUGUCUCUAUUGAGCGCCGGGCCUGUGUUUGUCAUGGUGGGAGUGGAGAGUGACAGCAUGGGGCCACAUUUCAGUUCAGAGAUAAAUGACACUGACUUCUCCCUGGAGGCCGGGGACACCCGGGAGUGUAAGAUGACGCACUACGCAGUGGAGUCAGGCCUGAUGGGGGCCAUGGUGUGGUUGAGCUCUGUUUUCUUCUUCAUGCCGGUCUUCUGUCUCACAGUGCUCUACAGCCUCAUAGGCCGGCGGCUGUGGCAGAGACACAGAGAGACAAGCAUCAGCUCCCGCGUGGCUCACCGGGAUAAAAGCAACAGACAGACCAUCAAGAUGCUUGUGGUGGUGGUGCUGGCCUUCGUCCUGUGCUGGUUGCCUUUCCAUGUGGGUCGCUACCUGCAGUUCCGAUCUCUGGACGCUCCGUCCCCGCUGCUGUCUCUGUUGUCCGAGUACUGCAGUUUGGUGUCCGUGGUUCUGUUCUACCUGAGUGCCGCCAUUAACCCCAUCCUUUAUAACACUAUGUCCUGGAAAUACCGGGGCGCAGCGGCACGCCUCUUCGGCCUGGCCGACAGCCAGCCGUCACGAGGCCGCACAGCCAGCACCAUGAAGGGAGACGGCUCGAACGGCUGGACGGAAUCCACAGUCAGCUUCUAAAUGGUCAUAAUUUGAUAACACUGACCUGAAAGCCAUUCUUUCUGUCAGACCGAAGAAAAACUGUUCUGUGAGUUUUAUUUGACUGGGACUAAAAGAAACAGAGGAUGAGAAAAGCGCCAGGCACAAAAAGCUGCAAGCCUCUUAACACUUCGUCAACAUGCAUCAAUAGAACUUCGAUUUUUACCACAGUUCACAGUUUAUUUUCUUGUUGGGUUAUUUCAGCAAGUGCCAUCCAGUAUUCACACAGCACACUCAGCAGCAUUUCAAAGGCAAGACUGGUGGAGUGCAAAAAACACACCAGCCUGAAGUCUGAACUAUAUUGAUCCAAAUGUGAACAACAUAGGGGCGUGCAUGUUCCUACAAAUGCACACAUAAAUAUAAAAAGCCUAUAAUAGACAUCUACAAUUGCCUUAUAUUGUAUUCAUACUCUGGAUGACAAAGAAAGCACUGUAGAACUUGUGGCACUGCUCUGUACUCCUUCAGAGAGGGGCAGAAGUGCAGUGUGUGUGUGUGUGUGUGUGUG